UGUCUCAGCACUGCACAUUGUGUGCAGCUCCAUUGUCAAACCUUAAAAUGGCAGCCAGGCGAAACGAGUAAACUAAGGGGGCUCAUGAAACGAAACAUGACGAGACAUGACGAAUAGCUGCAGUUGGAUACCCUUUGUAAAAGAUAUAUACAGUGCAAUGCAUUCGUUUGAUGCAGCCAUACUGCAUUUGAAUAUUACAUAGCCUUUGCAUCCUGCACCGUGUAGUCAUCAGCUCAGUAACGCCAACAAUUAACAUAUACACAUAAACCCAUAACAGGUUGCAAGUGAUUGAACCAUGGAUUGGAUCCGGUUGAUUUUGCUACUUCUACUUUAUGUACGUUACACUCAGUCGACGACGUCACAUGGCAACCAAGGAUUUAACUGUUCCUUUGAGGACGGUUUUUGCAGCUGGACCCAGCGUGAGGGUGACGGACCUAACUGGCUACUGGGAGCAGGCAGCACUGCUGUGUCACGCGUGACGGGGCCUGGUGCUGAUCGUUUUGGAAAUGAAACUGGAAUGUUCCUUUACUGUGCUGUAUCUGGGGACGACACGCCCAUAAUUGACAGUCCUGUGGUGGAAGUUAACGAAGAGGAUGGUGUGGACCUUUGCCUUAGUUUCUGGUACAGCAUGUACGGGCGAUACAUAGGCGGGCUGGAAGUGUACACUUAUACCGCCACUAACGCCACCAACGGCACCGUGAAAGUUUUCAGCGCGAGAGGGCCGCAGACAGGAAGGAGGGGAUGGCUUCAUGGGCUGGUCGACAUCAGAGAUGUCACCUCUGAUAUGAGACUUUACUUCCAAGGGCUUAGCGGUGUAAAUAGAGCGAUUGUAGCGAUCGAUGAUAUAAAUCUACAGACGGGCGUGUGUGAAAGGGACACAAGCUUUAACUGCAAUUUUGAGGAGGGAUCACUUUGUGGAUGGGUGAAGCCGCCCACGGGCUCCGAUGACACCGACUGGUUAUUGCAGCGUGGAGCUACUUACACACCCAAAACCGGUCCUAUUGUCGAUCAUACCACAGGGAGUACGUACGUUCUAUAUACUGUCACAAUGCUAUACAUUCAUUCUGGAAAAUUUACUUGAAACAGUUUUGUUUUCGAAUCGAGAGCCAAAUGAGACUUAAAUAAUUUACAUGGUGGACAUGAACUAUAAAUGGAAGAUAUGCGGCAACACCCGAUACAAAUGUUUUGAACAGUGUACUCUGUCCGCAAUCAGGAGACUGCCAGUAUCUUGCUGUCGUAGUGUAUAUACCCAUUCCCGGAGCUGCCCCUUUAAUCUACCAAUAUCAUAGUAUUGCAUGGAAUUUUUUAAUGACACAAUGUUUUUUGAGCCACCCGGCCCUCAAACCCAGACCAUUCACCCUGGCAUUCUUCAGACCCCAAGCAUCUAUUAAAACCACAGACUUGCCCUGUGAAUGCCAUUUGACUGUUCCAUUUUGGUCAGCAGUGGUAUCCUAUGUGUAUACAAUUGUAUACAAGCCUAUGUAAAUGUGCACAAUCGAGCACACUCGGUCUUCCCGCCUAUUUUUAACCCCUCCAUAGGGUCACCAGACUGAA